UCGAUGGUUUGACACCUCUAAUUCUCAGGUGUCACAGAAGUAAAUAAAAUUGUAUACUGCAAAAUCUUAAGCAAACCAAUAACACAGCGAGAGAGCGCACUAAAAUGGCUUCAUUCUUCAACGUUGGCGCUCUGGGAAAUGUUUUCUCCACACCAAUUGGACAGCGCAUAGAGGCUGCCACCGAUGCAAACCUUGCCUCGGAGAACUGGGCCGCCAAUAUGGAAAUCUGCGAUAUGAUCAACGAAUCCUCGGACACGGCCCGUGAUGCCAUGCGCGCCAUACGGAAACGUCUCUCACAGAAUGCCGGCAAGAACAAUCAGGUGGUUAUGUUCACGCUGACCGUGCUGGAGACAUGCGUGAAGAACUGCGGCAAGGCAUUCCAUGUACUGGUGGCCCAAAAGGACUUUAUCAACGAACUGGUCAAGCUGAUUGGGCCAAAGAACGAUCCGCCGGCUGUCAUGCAGGAGAAGGUCCUCAGCCUCAUACAGAUAUGGGCGGAUGCCUUCAAGAACCAGCCAGACCUCAAUGGGGUCACACAGAUGUACAUGGAGCUCAAGAACAAGGGCAUUGAGUUUCCUGUAGCUGACUUGGAUGCCAUGGCGCCCAUUUAUACGCCACAGAGGAGUGUGCCGGAGGUGCAUCCACAUCCACAGCUGAUGGCUGCCCAUACAGUAUCGCCGCAGCAUGUGGCAGCCGUGGCUGCUGCUGCCGCCGCUGCUCCACCCAGCAGCGGUCCAUUGCAUUUGACACCAGAGCAGGGGGCCAAGCUGCGCUCUGAGCUGGAGAUAGUCACCAACAACAUGUCCAUACUGAGCGAAAUGCUGAGCGUCCUGAAGCCCGGCCAGGAGACCACCGACGACUAUGCUCUGCUUAACGAGCUUACCUCCACCUGCAAGGAGAUGCAGUCGCGCAUUGUGGAUCUGAUUGGACGUGUGCAGGACGACGAGCUGACAGCCGAGUUUCUGCGCAUCAAUGACGAGCUGAACAACUUGUUCUUGCGCCAUCAGCGCUACGAGAAGACACGCUCCCAGGGACUGGGUGGCGGAGCUGUAGUCACCUCGCCCUCGGCAGUGCUGGGCGCUGCCAUGGGUCUGCCUGGCGUGGCCCCAGGAACGGGUGCAGUUGUGGCCUCGCUUCCCCCGCCGCCCACUGCCACAGCUGCUGCUGCUGCCGUCAGCAAUACCCCGCAAAGCGAUCAGCUGCUGAUCGAUUUGAUUGAGAGCAGCGAGGAGCAACAGCAGCAACUAUCCCAAAACUUUGGCCAGCUCAGCCUAGCGGCCGGAAGCGGAGCUGGAGCUGCAGCUGCAGCUGCACCAAGAGGAGCAGCCGCUGCCGACGAGUUCGAUAUGCUGGCGCAAUCGCGCACCGAUGGCAACCACAAAACGGACUUGCUGCGCGAUAUUCCCUCCGUGGAUGCGGCUGCCGGCAGUGUCGGGGCCGUUGCCUCCCCCUACAAACAAACACAGAAGCAGCAGCAGCCACAGCAGCAACCACUACGGGCAGCCGGCGAUCCGCCGGUGGUAAGUAAAUCGACGAAAGAGAAUGAGAUCGAUGAAAUGGAGGCGUGGUUGGGCAGCUCAAAGGACGUUGAUGGUAUUGAGGAGCUGACCAGCUCAGAGUUUGACAAAUUCCUUGAGGAACGCGCCGCUGCCGCUGAAAAUCUUCCAACGAUCAAUGCAUCGAAUUCUGCCGCCAGUGCCAGUGCCACGAACACGAAUACGACAGGACCUGGUGGCGACAGCUUACGAAAGACACCAAAGAAACCGGGCGCCGAUGAGGAUCUGCUUGCACUCUGAGUGAUCAACGGCCGGAUCCUGCACUCUACUUCACCAUCAGCAUCAGCUCGAAAUUGUUUACUCUUUCAAAUGUUACCCACACCCUAAACCUAAACAUAACUUCUUAUAUACAUAACGUCUAUAUGAUAGCGCAUAUACAUAUUAACACACAGACCCACACACACACACAUUGUGUACCAGGCUUUCCUUUUUUUUUCUCAUUUAAUUUCAAAUGGUAUUGUCUUUUGUGUUUUAAUGACUUUAUUUUCUGUGGAAAUUCCAACAACUGCAACGAUAACUACAUAUACAUGUACUUGUAUUGUAACUUAUUCCAAAACGAUCUUCUGUUGGUCUAAUUGUAAGCCACAAACCACACACAUACACGUCUAUUGCAUAUAUUGCUGGUAAUUUAAUGUAUUAUGUUUAAAGUCUAUUUGUUGUUUAUUUAUACAUAUAUACAUACAUUAUAAAGCUAAUUUAUUUUACA